AUGGUGGAGCCAGAGUCAGACACGAUCUUUCAGCGCAUUCUCUAUCAGAUCCAACAGAUGAAUCAGGAUGAACGCAACCUCCUCAUCCAACAACUCAACUUAUCCAAUGAGGAACAGCUUCUCAACUACUUCAGCGAACCCAGUAUACCACUAGAAGAAUUCGCAUCCUUCCGCGUUCACAAGUGGUUACUACUGUAUGUUCCACCUGUGAUGAUACUCAUUGGAACCAUAGGAAACAUUUUGUCCUUCACCGUCUUUCGUAUCAAUUCUGGCAAGGUAUCAACGUACACUUAUCUCAGCGCACUGGCCAUCAUGGAUCUGCUCGUCAUAUAUAUAGGCCUAUUGCGUCUUUGGGUGGCCCAACUCUCUAACUUUGACAUCAAGGACCAAACUAACUGGACAUGUAAGGUGGUCGCUUUCCUGGGUUAUGUGUGUAGUGAUUCGUCUGUGUGGCUUAUUGUGGCCGUGACAUUAGAGCGAUACAUUGCAGUGUGCUAUCCUCUACAAGCCGCUAAUCUGUGUCGAAUCAGAAAAGCAAGAUUUAUAGUAUUUGUCCCGAUCCUGGCUCUUUGUGUUGUAAAUUCUCACUUCCUUUGGACGUUAGAAUUACUACAUGUCGUAAAUAACACAACAGAACCAAUGUAUAUAUGCGAUGCCGGUCACAAUUUCUCUGCCUUAGUCAACGAUGUGUGGCCGUGGGUUGAUGCCGGCAUAUACUCAUUCGUUCCGUUUGUAAUUUUAUCAAUACUUAAUGGACGUAUCAUUCAGAAAGUGAGCGUGGCCAAAAACGAACGUAAACAUUUGCUAACCAAGGACAGAAACGGCAAAGGCUGUAAUGUAAGGAAGCACUCGACAGGAGAGGUGAGCCGGAAACUAACUAUGAUGCUUCUUCUCGUGUCCUUCACCUUCUUGUUAACAACUCUCCCAAUGAAUAUAAUCCUGAUCAUGACAAAGUCCUGGAAUGAACAGAACCAGCAGCAAAGAGCAGAUUUCUUCCUUGCAAAGACAGUUACUGAACUAUUGAUGUAUCUGAAUCACACAAUCAACUUUUUCCUUUAUUGCAUAACAGGCAGGAAAUUUAGACGUCAAAUAUUCCUUCUUUUUUGUCGUUGCUUUUCACAACCCGAUAAAAACGGUGACAUGGCUAGGACAGGGUUGAGAACUUUAUCCACGGCCAAAAAUAAUGACUCAAACAUUCAAGUGGUAUACAGAAGUGCAAUAAGGAGUACUACGCCGCCAUUUUCUGUGUAA